UUGACUUAACAGCUAUUUUUAAUGCUGUGAAUUUACAGGAAAUGUACAGAUGCCAGAAAAACAGUGUAGUUUGUAAUAAGGAUAGCAAUUUAAAAAAUAUAUAUAUAUAUAUAUGCUAAAGUUUCUUAAAAGUUUGAAGGGAAGGCACAAGAAUUAAGCAGGGUCCCCAGCACCUAAAUCCAUAUUUAAGGUUUUACUGUAAUGUAAAAUUGCAAAUUGCAAAAAGUGAUCCUCUAAUAUAGUUUUCACACUGACCCAGGUGAUCACAAAACAACUUGUUCUUGUGAGGGUGUCUUUGACCAAAUCUUAUCCAAACGGGGUUCCCUGGCUCUAAGCACACAGCUUGUUUGACUGCAUUAGAUAUGGAAAAAAAGUCUGCAGCCCUCCGGGUUAGUGGUCCGCAGGAGGUGCUUCAUGGUGGACGAAUGAUUGACAGCCCCUUGGUGACAUCACUGUACGACAAAAAGAGUCGCUGGGGGAAGAGAAGGCACCAAAUCCAUUGAAGCAGUCCACAGUGGCGCAGAGAGGCGAGGUGACGCGCUCCCCGACUCGCAGCAGCGACGCUCCAGUGCGCGUAUUUCUCUCCCACAAGCCAGCGACGCACAACUUUUUUGUCCAUGCGACGUGUUCUCGUCUGGAGAUGUUCAGCCAAGAUGCUUUAAACUUAGAUCGGUCCUGCCUUCGCGAGCCCGCUUCCUCAUAGACUUAACAUAUCCCCCCGUCCCCGUCCGCACCAACCAAGACCUGUAACCCGAACAAGCAGCUGAAGAGAAUAUGUGCGUGAGGCGAUCGGCGACAGGCAUGGGCUGUUUUUGGUCCCCCAAGACGAAGCAGCGUGGAUUAAACACGAAUUAAUGUGGAAUUUAUCGGAGCCCAAAGGUGGAACGACGACCAGACACAGCGCUUCCUCGUCAGGGACUGACUGAUCAUGGUCGCCGUGGUCCGCUCUCUCAUGGUACUGCUGCUCGCUCAGGUCAUGCUGGAAGGUGCCACGGGACUCAUCCCCGAGGUCGGCCGGAGGAAAUACAGCGAGUCCGGGAAGCAGAGCCCGGAGCGGUCGGAGAGCUUCCUCAACGAGUUCGAGCUGCGGCUGCUCAACAUGUUCGGACUGAGGCGCAGGCCGACGCCGAGCAAGCAAGCCGUGGUGCCGCAGUACAUGGUGGACCUCUACCGCAUGCACUCGGCGAACGGGGACCACAGCGCGAAACGGCCCAAGAGCAUGGGCAAGCACGCGGACAGAGCCGCCAGCAAGGCCAACACGAUUAGAAGCUUUCACCACGAAGAGUCGAUGGAGGCCCUAGCCAGCCUGAAAGGCAAAACAACCCAGCAGUUCUACUUCAACCUCACUUCUAUCCCUGACGAGGAGCUAAUCAACUCUGCAGAGCUUCGCAUCUACAGGGAUCAGGUCAUGGGAGCAGCAACCCCGAACAACAGCUCCAGAAACAGCAGCACUAGUGACAGUGGUCCUGCUGGUGGCUUACACCGUAUCAACAUUUAUGAGCUAUUCGGAGUUCCUGCAUCUCAUGGUGGGGAACCUCUCGCACGUUUGCUAGACACUCGGCUAGUGCAAGACUCUUUAAGCCGCUGGGAGAGCUUUGAUGUCAGCCCGGCUGUAUCUCAGUGGACUGCCGGCAAAGGCCACAACCAUGGCUUCAUGGUGGAGGUACUUCACCCAGGGGAAGCGGAGAUGGAUGGGGAGCAUGCCCAGAGGCGCAGUAAGCAUGUCAGGGUGAGCCGGUCCCUGCACCAGGACCAGGACUCAUGGCCUCAGGCUCGACCCUUGCUGGUGACGUACGGCCACGACGGCCGUGGGGACUCUGUACUACACACACGAGAAAAACGUCAAGCAGCUCUCCGCAAACAGCGCAGAAAGCAACAGCAAGCAAAGGCAAGCUGCAAGAGGCAUGCCCUGUAUGUGGACUUCAGUGAUGUGGGGUGGAAUGAGUGGAUAGUGGCACCCCCUGGUUACCACGCCUUUUAUUGCCACGGGGAAUGUCCGUUCCCCCUAGCAGACCACCUCAAUUCUACCAAUCAUGCCAUUGUGCAGACGCUGGUCAACUCAGUCAACUCAAACAUCCCCAGAGCCUGUUGUGUUCCCACUGACCUCAGCCCCAUCUCCCUGCUGUACUUGGAUGAAUAUGAGAAGGUCAUCCUGAAAAACUACCAGGACAUGGUGGUGGAGGGAUGUGGCUGCCGGUGAGCGAUGGAUAGAGAGGGAGAGUGGGAAAGAAAGACUGAAAGGUUAUCAUGGACACCCGGUUUCCCAAUGAAGACGUUUAUUUAUAUGAAAGAUAGACAAACAGAGCUAUUGUGGAAGAAGAAAAAAAACUAUAUAUGAAUAUAUUUAUGUCUACAUAAAGUUGGGAAAAAUAAAUAUUUUAAUCAGAGGAAUAUUCCUUUACUGGUUUUGAAAAUGUAUUUCUGAUGUACAUUUCGAAAUGGGUGCAAUACCACAUGAAGUAUAAUGCUCAGAUUUUUAUUUUGUAUUUAUUUCUGUUAUAACCACUUUAUUUGUAAAUAAAUGUAUAUUUAUCGUGAAAAAAAACUGGUC